AGACAAGGGAAAGCACUUGGGAAGAAAAGAUGGCAACUUUCUUUCUCAUCCACAAAUACAGAGACUAUAAAGAGAGGAUAAUAUAAGUUUUUAAUUUGACUUUUUGUGGUUAUCGCAUAUCUGUUAUGGGGAUUAUCAUUUGCAUGCACACCCUGUAGGCAUGAUUCCAAGACAGGUCAUAAGGCAGCAACAAAAUACACCACCACCUAAAAACCACACUGCCCAGACCACCGGACCUCAACAAUCCUCCAUAAUUCUUGACUCUGGAUCUAAAACAGCUGUGGACACGACACACGAUCUAAGAUUUAGAUGCAAUGUAACGCAAAUUGCGCUGGGUGAAAAAUAUUUUAACCAUGAUACCACUGAUGAUCUAAUUUUGAAAGCAAGCAUGAGUUCUAAAGAAAAAGUCAUUGAUGGAGACUUAAGCCUUAGUGGUAAAAGUAAUGGAAAUGAGGCUGAAGGUGAUAAAAAUGAGGGGUUUACAAUACCUGAGAUACCUGAUGACAACAGUGGUAGAAACUUGUCUCUAAUUUCAAAUAAACUUACUCAACAAAUCUACCCUGCUGAAACUUCAAUAGUCGCCAUUAAUAAUGAUUCUCAAAAUUUAAUUAUGGAUAGCAGGGCAGUUGACAAUCUCAACACUAGUAAUAAUUCAUCAGUUACUGACAAUAUCAAAAUCACUGGGCAUGAGCAGUUCAGUAAUUAUUUGAAUUCAUCAAACAGUUUUGAGAAAGAUUUAAGUGUAGACGAUAGUCUUAGACUGGAUACUCUAAAUACGGCAGUGUUGUCACAUGAAAAUGCCCUUGUGAAGGAAUGUCUCCGUCCAUCUGUUGAAGAAGUUCCACAUAUUGAUGAUGAUCAUGGAAAUACAACCCAAGAUGUAAAUAACAAAGUGGAUUCUAGUAACAGACAGGUUUUAAAAAGUGUUGGGAUUGAGGAAGUAAUGGAUUAUAAUGACAUUCCAAAAGCAGUGUUAUCCUCCAACUCAUCAAAUAAACACGAGGAAGUUUUCAUAAGUUCAAUAGAUACUCUAAAUGACAUUACCAAACAACAUAUAACUGAAAACAAAAUCUCAGAUGUCUCAACAAAAACUGACAGCCAUUUGUCAAUUAGCAUGCUGAACACUUUGAGUGGAAACUUGGAUAAAAAUGAGUCAUUCUUAUCGAAAGACUCUGGCUUUAGCAGGCAGUUAUAUCAAGAGGUAUGGGCCUAUAUAUUUAAUUAUAAUAAUAAAUUAUACACUAAAUUAAAUAAAAAUUUACUUAUAUUUUUACAUUUUAGAUAACAAUUAAAAUUGCCAUGUAAAUUUAUCUUCAUAAUACAAAAUUUAUAUUUAAAUUUUCUAUUAAAAAUGAUCUAACCAUGUACUAUCUGCAUUUAUUUUUUGUUGUAUUAUACAUUCAUACAUUCAUUAUCACAACUUGUUUUCAGAAAUCGAGCUAAAAAUUUAGCUGAUCCUUCAUUUUUGAAUGCCAAUAGCCAUCUGAUAAUUUGUUAAGAUGUCUUCUACUUUCCAGCAACGAGAAAUUAACUCAAGUUAUGCUGCAAUUUUACAGACAGAACGACAAGAGAUCCUGACUUCUGAGUUGACAACAUCUCAAAACUUCACAGAAGAAAUGAACAUGCUAAAUACAGAAAAUGAUGUAACUGUUGCUGGUGACUUAAGGUUUGAAACAUUUUAAGUAUAAUAUAAAUAUGAAUUUGAUGUAUACCUUUUAAAAAAUCCAAUUGAAUGAUUCCACUUCAGUAUAUAAUAUGAAAAACUGUUUAAUGUGCUUGGUGUUAUAUUAACUUGAAUUUAGGUCUUAUAAAUGGGAAUGUAAAAUCAGAGAAACAACUGACUCUCACCGUAUGCUUAAAUCAAUACAGACUAUACAAUUUUCAAUAAUUGUAAAUACUUUUGAAAUCUUGAAAUAGUGUUAAAGUUGCUGGUUUUCAAUUUCAAAUUGUUUUAUUAGUUUAAUUUAAUUUUUUUUUUCGUUUUUGAUCUGUAUAAUUUUAUUCCCUUUUCAUCAACAGAUACAACUUGACGACUAAAUCUGUUCCAAGUUUUUUUGCUAGUGCUUGCAGAGAAUUCCAAGAAAACUAUGUAGACAAUUUUCUGCGAGGAUGUAAGUGGUAAGGGUUUUUCCUUUUUUUUAAAAAAAAAGCACAAAACCACCAACAACAUAUAUAUAGCCAAAAUAAUAAACUAUUAUAAUAUUAUCUAAGAUUCUAUAAUUUGUUUACAAAUAGAGAAAAAUUAGCAAUUGUUCAAGUUUAACUUUAAGAAGACAGAUUUUUUUAAAAAUCAAAACGUAUAACCACUAUAUUAAAUAAUUUAGGUCCCCAGAUGGAAACUGUGUGCUAACUAACAGUAAUGAUAACUGCCUUCGUGUGUUUCAACCGUUUGAGACAUUUGACCAGGACCAAAGAGACAACUUGCAGAUGGUGAGACUCAGAUUUUCUUAGAAGUACCAUUUUAGUUAAACUAAGGUAUUGGACUAUGUUAUGCCAUCUUCAACAUUUCAUGCAAUUAAAUCACUCAAAAAAUUGAGAAAAAUAAACGCAAUGAAAAAAAUGUCAAAUUUGAUAACAAUGUUCUACCCAUUAUAUGGAAAUUAAAGAGUAAUUUAUUUACAAGUUAACACUAGCGAACUUAUCAGAAUGUUUCUAUUUCUAAUUUUUGUAAUUGUCAUAAAUAACAACUGUUAAAUGGCAAUGCAUCCAAUCCUUUUUUCUUCUUUUAAUUUGUAAUGAUUUAUGCGAAAUAAACAACCUAAAAAUUGCUAAUUAAAAUAAUUUGUCCUGUAUACUCAAACAGGUUAGCAAAGUCAACAUGAAAGAGAGUGGUCAAAUUUAUGAUUUUGUUUGGCAUCCAAGAAUGUCUUUAUGGCAGCCUGAAUUUUGCAGGUAAAAACUGUUAAAAUGACAUGAAUACAUUUUAGGAUUUCUGCACAUGUCUGAUUUAAAAAUGACAAAAAAUCAAAACUAUUAAACUUUUUAAUUUAGAAUAAAAAUUAUUUUCUUAAUACUUAGAUUUAUGACUAUUUUGGAUAUGUUUUUUUAAAAUAAUUUUAUUGAGGUUUAAAAUAAAUUAUCAAAAAAUGUUAUUUCUCCUAGAAAUAUAAAAAUAUAACCCAAUAAUGCAAUAUUAUCAUAGCCUGUUUCUUACACCAGGAAAUAAGGGGUUUAAAUUUCUUCUUGGCUUGUUAGCUUUGGGUUUUAUAUUGACUAGUUAUCCCAGUAAAGCAGCUAUUCCUGAUGAGGAAUAAACCUUGUGUUAAAAAAACAACUUAACCCCUCAAGUUAUAAAAUGACAAAAUUUGCAGCUGCUGAAAUUAUCUUGCAUUACUAUAAAGUACUUAAAAUAAUACUUAAGAUAAUUUCACAACUGUCGCACACAUUUUUUUUCUUUUUUUUUUUGUGUGGAAAAGCAAGACAUUUUUCAUAUUAUUUGCAAUUCACACAACUUCUUUAUUUCAGAGUUGCUUCCACCUGUACUGGUAUUCCCAUUCACAUGUGGGACACCACAACAGGAAGUAUAGUAGCGAACUAUAGAGCAUAUGAUCAGUACGAUGAAGUGACUGCUGCUUACAGUGUGUCCUUUUCUUUGGAUGGUAGCAAACUUUAUGCAGGCUACAACAAAGCUAUCAGAAUAUUUGACACAGAAUAUCCUGUCCGAUCCUGCAAGCUGGUAAAAACAUUCAGUAAGUUUUCUAAUUACCUUGAUAUCCUCACCUCAAGUGGAUAAAAUUGUAACAUGGAUUUUUUUAAUCAACCAUUUAAAUAAUUCAAUCUUUUUAUGUUAGAGAAUUAUGGACCGUUAUUAUAAUUAAUGAAGUAGUCUUUCUCAUAAGUAUAUCAAAUAGUAUUAAAAAUUUGAUUUUUUUUCCCUUUCAUGACAUCAUUUAUUGUUUCUCCCCCUCCCCAAACAUUAGCAAGAUUGUUGAAUACAUUUUAUUGUUGGGUUCUAAAAGAGUUUUAACACAUUUAAUUUUGACUUGACAGAUACACAGAAGAAAGAUGGUCAAACUGGGAUAAUAUCCUGUUUCACCCACAGUCCAAAUAGAGACGGCUUGUAUGUGGCGGGGUCAUACAGCAGACACAGUAAGUUGGGGAAUUAAGUCAGAGAAAAUUUGGUUGAGCUAGGGUUUAUGGAAAUGAUGAGCUCUUUAAAAUGAAACAAUAAAAAAUACUUCAUAUAGUAGAUGGAAAAAGCACAAUUUUGUUCAACUAUCUUGAAUGGCCUACCCACGUGUUCCAUAUCUCCUGGUUUUACCAAAAUGUCCAGCAAAAGUUUUGUCUUGAGCAAUCACAAAUUUCGGAAGGUCUUCUGCAUUAAUGACAACAACAACAAUUUAUCAUAAACAAUACCGUUUUUGUAACAUUUGUUCAAUCAAUAAUAUUCAGACAUUUUUUGUUAAUAGAGUCUUUUAUUCGUUUGAAAACUUUUUCCGUUUUUAAAUGUUAAUUAGGUGUUUUAAAAUACGUUUGCUAUACAUAAGAUGCAUUUCUGCUAUCUUAAUACAUAAAAAAAAAUAAAUAAUAAAGGUUUGUUUAAUGUGAGUGGGCCCUUUAGGAAUUGGAAAUAUUCUAAUGCAACCUGCACUGUCAAAACUUCAAUCAGCAUUCUCGGUUUAAUAAGUAAUUUUUGUACAAUAAGUGUUUUUUUUCUGUUGCCCUAAUAAAUGUUGUCGGCCAUUAUUUCAGUUGGAAUCUAUGACUCUGCUUGUGACAGGCUAGUCUGUUUGAUUCAAGGUCAGCAUGGUGGCAUCACUCACGUUAAGUUUUCUCCUGAUGGCUCAAAGAUUUACAGUGGAGGACGUAAGGUAGAUUGACCAACUGUAGUAAAUAGUUAUAAAAACAAUUAUUUUGCCAUGAUGUCUAUUAGUAUUUUAUGUAAAAGUUUAAAAUUCCUAAAGUUGUACUGAAAGCAUUAAUUUAAGUUACAAGGAAAUUAAGAUUUGCUAGUUGAUAUCUUUUCAAGUGGAGACCCUAUAGGCGAUCUACUCUUAGGGAUUGAUGAGUAUCGAUGUGAUUAAUAUAUAAUUAACUUCCCAUCAUUUGAUUUAAAAUAAUAUAAAAAACUAAACCCCAUUUAUUUUUUACAUUGAAGUCAGUAAUCAAAACUUAAUUACUUUUUACUUGAAGCUGGUUUUGCUAAUCAAAUUUAAAAAUGUGUUAAAAUUUUCAUAAUAACUAAAGAUUAAAUCAGAAAAAUCUUUUAUUUGUCAUAUAGGAUGCUGAAAUUCUGUGUUGGGAUGUCAGAAACAUGGGGAAAAUUUUAUUCUCUGCCCUAAGGGAUGUGAAAACCAACCAGCGAAUCUAUUUUGAUCUCUCGCAGUAAGUAAAUAACAUGGAUUUCUUUUUCUUUUCUUGAGGAAAAUGAGAGUCAACUAAUAUUUACUAGAAAUUGUCACCCUCAUCGAUAUGUGUUACACAAUUGAUAAAUCUUGGCUCCUCCAUUUCCAUUCUCUUUAUAAUUCUCUUUUAAAGAUCUGGCCGAUAUCUGGUUUCUGGAAACAAUGAUGGCACUGUGGCAUUCUGGGAUACUCUGAGCUCAUUUGAGGAGAUUAACGGGGAUGUGUUCCUGAAGCCCUGCUCCCAGUUCGUGGCCCACGAUGACUGUGUUAAUGGUGUCAGGUGAGAGGCUGUUAUUGAAGCUUGUAUGUUUUUCAAUGUUCUGCUCAAUUAAUGUAGCCAAUUAUCCUUGCUCUCAAGAAAUUCUAUCUUUCUUUAAAUCCUUUAUAAUAACUUCACUUUUGUUUGUUAAGGGCAAAAUAUUGGGAUGGCUAAUUGACCCACUUCCUGUCAACCAAGUGAGCUGAAACUUGGAAUAAAGUCUCAUUGCCGAUGACUACACAUUCUUUCAGCCCCACCUCCCCAACCUCCAAAAAUAAUUUUGUCUGUUUUUCAACGGGAAGUUGAAGGAAAUAUGUAUUGACGCCACCGAUUUCAUGAAAAUAAAAUUGUCAAUAACUGAGCUAAAUGAGAUUCUUAAAAAAAAUAUCGCAAGUGCGUUUGGUGCGUUAUAUUUUUGUGUGUUUUUCUGAAAUAGUAGUUGACAUAAAUCUGUGAUGUAAAAGCGGAUGGGACAUUAGAAUAUUAACUUAAAAUAAAAUAUAAAUAAUAAAUAUACAGGGUAUAUAUGAAAAACUUUGUUUUUAUGGGUUGUUUAAUUACUUGUCAAAAUAGUAUAGAGCCUUCUAAAAACUUUUGCAGUUAAUGCCCCCUAAACGUUCAUUUCUAGCAUAUUCCCAAAGUAAUCUUUUUAAUCAGGAAUUUCUUGUUAAAAAAAAAAAAUUGUAGUCCUCCUCAUAUGUUGAUUUUCUUGGAUAUUUUAAAAUGGUGACAUGUAGUCCUACUAUUCAUGCAGUCUACAUUCAGCCUUGCCUGUAGUCAAAUUAUUUGUCAAUGUUUACUCUUAUAUUAAAUUAUGCCAAGUAUUAGAAAAUUAGAAAAUAUUAGAUGUGACUUAAUAACAUUACUGGAAAUAUACAUGGUUAUUUAUUAAAACAUGCUCUCUCUUGAAACCAAGUUUUGCCCCCCCUUUUUUUUUAAAAGCUUCAAUUGCCACUAUGACAUGAUUGCCACCGCGUCGGGUCAGAGACACUUCCGAAACUUUGACGAGUCUGACAGCGACAAUUCUGACGAGGAUUCCAAUAUGAAAGAAGCCAAGCCUUGGGAUUUCUCCCUUAAGCUGUGGAAGAUGCCAAUGGUGCUGGAGGAGAUGGCGGUCAGCUAAAUCACACAGCUGACCAGGUUGUUCUUUUUAUUGUAAAAACAGAUUCAUAGACAACAUAUUUUUAACAUAGAGUAAGUAAAAUUUAAAAAAAAAGAAGAAGAUUUUGUGAAAUAAGUUUUAAUCUGUUUUUAUCAGUAAGGAAUUAUUUAUUGUUUGUUCUUCGCGAUGAGAAGAUGACUAAGGCUAGAGUAGUAGCAUUGGCUUGAGCUGUAUUUUGUUUCAAAUGGGGAGAGUUCCUUGAUAUGUUCACUCUUUCGUCCUUGCUUAUUUGAUCAAAAGGCAAGACUUUGCCAAGAUGACUGGGAGAUAGGCCAGAAUGCAGUGGAUGACCAGCAUGGUUUCUUGUGUUUCACUGUGCUCUUUAUGACUUCACUUCACAGGUUUGUCGAAAUCUUUAUUGUGUAAAUGCCAUAUGGCCUAUGGGACUCCAUCUCCAGGUUUGAUUUCAGAGUUUGUCUUCUCUUAUAUGAGUGCCAUCCAAGAUUAGCGAGUUUGUAAGAGAAAUAAUACUCUCUUUUUUAACCCGUGUUAGGGGUCCGAAGUCAGCAUUCUGUAAUUGUUUUAAAAAAUUUUCUGUGUCCAAGGAUUAUUUAUAAAGUCAGAAUUUUAAGAUUAACAAAGCCAAAGAAAAUUGAAUUUUGAAAUAAUAUCAUUUGAAUUAAUCCUUACAUUUAAAAUACGAAGCAUUAGACCUAUGUUUAAAUUAUGUAAAUGCUGGUAUUAAUUAAGAGAAUUUAGAUAUAUGACUCAUUAACCUGGUGAAUUGUAAAUGUUAGUAAAUGAUAUCUAGAAAUUUGAUGUUAUAUGAUGUUAUUGUUACUGUCAAACUUUCUUUGUUGUUUGCAGUAAAAAA